AUGGGGGAGAAGGCCAAGUUCUCGAUUUGGAACAUUGAUCGGCCUCGUACCUUAGUGUCGCUCAUGUUUGUUUUAGAUGCCGGAACUGUUCAAAAACGGAUGCCCGAAGUCAUCGCCGUUCCUGUAGCGUGCAAAAAGUACAUGGAAUAGGGGAUUCUGGCGCCCUCUCUUCCGAUGCUGCUUUUCUCCCGGCUCUGAAGACCUCAUCUCCUCAACUCUGGCUUUUUCGGCCGCGGUUGUCUCCGGCCUUGCCCCUUUUUGGGCUUAUUGUUAUUCCUGCAUUGCAGAUCCCUCUUCCUCUCUUCGCGUACACUUCGGGUUCGUCAAGUUUGGACGUGUUUUAGUCAAGGUAAGGGAGGAGAUAGACGCCGUUUGGCCAUUUCCGGUCCCUAACCUCCGCGCCAUCUUCUUCCCUCGUUUUGUGGAGGUGAUGUCUUGGAAGAAUACUUAACGAGAACCGCGUUGUUUGUGUGUUUAUCAAAACAAGACACUCAUUUUUCUUUAUACAGAGGUCAUCAUGGACAGAUUGUCUUGGUACACACCAGGGGAGUCGAUGGAAGAGAUCCUUAUCCAGGCGGGGCAUGUCGGAAUUUAUGAUGGUGACAUGAAACAAUCCUCUUUCGAACAGGGAACGGCAUCAUUAACUCUUCAGAGAGUAAUAUGGGCUGAUUCCACUGAUCCAGUAAGUGCAUAAUAUCUAAACUAAAUACUUCUCUCAAGGACUGCAGACUUGUCUUACACCACUCCUUAGUCGACAAAAUAGAAAGACAUCACAAGUCGAUGUUUGGAAGAGGGGGAAAGAUCAUUGUCACCCUCAAACCAGCUGGAGCAGGCCAUUCACCAGGGCCAGUAGCCUCUUCUGGGUUCAAUUCUCUUCGAUUUGUAUUCAGACAAGGAGGUGAAGAAGAAGUAAGCCAUCAUUGUGUACUGUAAAUUAUUAGUUUUACAAGAAAUACAUGGACGCCUUGACUCGACAGACUUGGAAAAGGACUUCUUCCAGUUCAAGUUCGGGAGGUUCUCGGAAUUGUACUCUUUAUGCGAAUCCGGGUGGGGGUCCUCCAAGUCAACGGUCAUUAGUCUCUCAAGCAGUCAGCGAGAAGAAGUUUACAGAACAAAACAAUCGUCUGAAUCAGACUAUCAGCCAGGUAAGCCACUGUUCUUUUGACAAAUGUCCCUCCUAACGCUUUAUGCGUAUUAGAAUUAAUUUGCCGCAUAACCUAACUUCUAAUAUUUUAAUACUUUUCGUGUUUUAUGCAGCUUUAAAUAAUGUAUAGGCGUUUGAGGACAUGAGUAGACUAAUGGAAGAAGCCCGAGAAAUGGUUAAUCUCUCCAAAAGUAUUACAGAACGACUUCGAAUGAGCAAGGAGGACAUGACUGAGGAAGAGGUCAGCACCCUAAUCUGUUCGUCAUCCACCUCUUUCAGACCAUUAGUUUCAAGAACAAUCUUCUUUUAUUGGGCGUCAGUGAUCCCGUAAUGAAGUCCGCGUUCGGCCAUACAGCUUCUUAUUAUGAUAAUCUAGCCAAAAAAGUAAACGAUAUAUUGCUAGAAAGUGUAGAGGUAAGAAAUGCCACAUUCUCGAUGACCAAUUCCAGAAUAACGGUCAAAUCUCAUUACCUGAAGCAUAUUGUAAAGUAAACAGAAGUCUAGUGUCCGAAUUAUUUUCCCCCGAGGAUCUCCUUAAUGCCUGCCAACGCUUCGAUGAUAUUGCUUCCGAAUUAAGGUCAGUUGAAACGGUGAUUCCCCGCAAAAACUACUUUUUUUAUUAUAAAAACUUUAAUUUAGCCUCGAAUCUCUGCCUGAUGGUUCAUUUCGGGUCCGUCUGCGAGAAGGGCUUUCCAGCUCGCUGAAUGCCUCCGGGCAAAUAACUUCGGAUUCCUCGUCGCCGACUUCUUCCUGA